CUCGCCAACAAUCUUUCCAAGUAUCAAACAAACGUCUAGAGGUCAAGAUGGGGAAAAAGCGCAAGAACCCCGAGCGUGUCGAGCAUUAUGACGAAGCGCCUCCAAAGAAGCGGCCCUUAACAAACCCCUUGCCCGAAGGUGUUCAUCAUUACCAGGACAUCGAAGAAGUUCCGUGGGACAUUCAAAAAUAUUGGCAUCAAGGCUACUCUAUCUUUUCAAAAUAUGACGACGGUAUCUGGAUGACUGAUGAUUCAUGGUAUGAAGUCACUCACGAGUCGGUCGCAAAUACUAUUGCACAGCACAUGGCAGAGGCAGCGCCAGAGGGCAAGUCAAUCAUCUUCGACAUUAUGUGUGGCGUCGGGGGAAACACUAUCGCAUUUGCGCUUUCCGGCAAAUGGAAACGAGUCUAUGCGAUUGAGAAGGAUGCAGCUACUCUGGCCUGUGCCAAACAUAAUGCCGAGAUCUACGGCGUCGCAGACCGGAUUACCUGGUUUCAGGGGGAUUGUUUUGAGAUUCUAGGCCUGGACGAGUCCAAGAAGGGGAAUACUGUGGAAGCGCUUAAAGCGAUUGCUGGCAGUUAUGGUGUCAUUUUCGCCAGCCCCCCAUGGGGAGGUCCCGGGUACCGCGAAGCCGAAGUCUUCGACCUCGAGGCCAUGCAGCCAUACCCUUUCAGCCAUCUCUACGAAUCUCUCCAGAAGCUGACGCCUAAUGUGGUACUGUAUUUGCCGAGGACCAGUGACCUCCGGCAAAUUGCCAAAGUGGUAGGGGAGGACAAGAAGACCCAAAUUGUACAUUACUGCACAAAAGGCAGCAGCCGGGCCUUAUGUGCAUACCUAGGAGACUGGGGAUCGCUGAGAUUGGGAGAUUUGUGAUUCAAGUUGGCACGGACUGUUGCAUAAUGUCACUCUGCAUGGAAUAUUGCUAUGAUACCCUGAAUUAGUGAAUUAAUCAUACUUGGCUCGGAC